UCUUAGACUAAACAUAAAGUAUUUAUUAUGAAUAAUACGCUUUUCGAUGGUUCGGAUGAUGAAGGCGACGAUCUGCAACUAGGCACUAAUCAGGACUAUGCCAAGUCUUACAAUAGUUUGCGCAAAAGGGAACUGUUGCAAAAAUACAAAGACCGUGGUCUAGAUGUAUCCGAGUCGGAGUUUGACAGCGACAGCGAGUCGUCAGAAGAAGAGGUGGAUCCAAAGUUCGACCAGGAUUUUUUCAAAACGUUAGCUUCACUUAAAAGUAAAGAUCCGCGUAUUUAUGAUAAGCAAACACAUUUCUUUGCGAACGAAGAAAGUGACAGCGAUGAGCAAGAAGAUGCAAAUAAAGAAACACAGAAAAAGAAAAAUAACAAGAGUAAGCCGGUCACCCUAAAAGACUAUGAGCGUAAUGUUAUACUGGAGCAUAAUGGCAAGUUUGAGAGCUCUGAUGAAGAGCAGACAGAAGAAUUUGAGCGUGCUCAGUCGCCGACCGCUGUGGAGGAGGAGCGGCGCUUGAAAGCAGAGUUUAGGAAGGUUAUGAACCAGGAAGACGAUGGCGCAGAUGAGGAAUUCGGUGGCAUUUUCAAAAAGCGCACAAAGACUAAAGCCCAACAGGACGCCGAGGAAGCGGACUUUGCGAAGUGGUUGGCGGGUAAACAAGCUGAUGCGCAAAUAGCAGACAGCGAUCAAAAGCAGCUGGAGCCGCUGAAGCAAUACUGGACCAGCAAUAAGCUUACACAAGGCGAAAGUUUUUUGAGAGAUUAUAUACUGAACAAGGGCUAUGCGAAUACCGAUGCUUCCGAGAUACCUACAUAUGAUGAAAUAGUAAAUACGCCUUUAUCUGAGGAUGAGCAGGAAUUGGAGAAACAAGCCGAGUUUGAGCAAAAAUAUAACUUUCGCUUUGAGGAGCCGGAUGCAGAUUUUCUCAAACGUUAUCCACGCACCAUAGAGCAGUCCAUACGCCGGACAGAUGAUAAGCGGAAGGAAAAACGCAAAGAGACCAAGGAGCGCAAAGAGCAGGAGAAGCAGCAAAAAAUGAAGGAGUUGGAUAUGAUUAAAGAAAUGAAACGCAAGGAAAUUGAAGAUAAAAUACGCAAGUUGAAAGCUGUUACAGGCAAUGAAGAGCUGGGCUUUAAAGAUGAUGAGCUGGAUGAAGACUUCGAUCCUGCAGCGCACGAUCGUCGUAUGCAGGAGCUUUUCAACGACGAUUACUAUAAUGUAGAUGAAGGCGAAGAAAAGCCCGAGUGUCCUUCGGAUAUUGAAGAGUUAGCCAUGGAGGAUUGGGAUAACUAUGAUCCCCAGCGAGCUGGUGGUGAUGAUGACGAUCUGCAUUGUGAGGAUGAUGAUUUUAAUAUGGACUGUGAAUACGAUCCUUCAAUGGCCAAGCAACAGCUGCAGCAGGAACUUAUCGAAAACACUCGCAGUCGCAAAGGACGCAAGGGCAGACGCAACCAAUUUAAGGAAAUGAUACAAGCAAAGAAACCUGUGUUUAAUCCAGAAGAAGAGCAAACCUAUGCAGAAUAUAUUGAUGAGUACUACAAAAUGGACUAUGAGGAUAUUGUGGGUGAUCAGCCGUGUCGUUUUAAAUAUGUCGAAACAACACCAAAUGAUUUUGGGCUAACUAUAGAGGAGAUUUUGCUGGCUAAAAACAAGGAGCUGAAUCAGUGGGCUAGUCUUAAGAAGGCUGUGCAAUAUCGUCCUGACCAUGUAGAGAAAAAGGAGCAGCGUUUGUACAAAAUGAAAGGCAAGAAUGAGGAUCUCAAACGCAAAAUCUUUAAGAGUUUGUAUGGCGAAGAAUCCGACGAUGAGGAGCAAACCACAGAGCAGUCACUAUUAACUGCAGACACUGAAGCUAAGGAACAGCCAAAGGUUGAAGAAGUUGCCUCAGAACGUCUCUCAAAGUCUAAGAGAAAGCGUCUAAAGCGUAAGGCUGCAGCGACAGCCACAACCACAAUUGCUAAAGAAGAUAAGCACGAGAAAACGGACACGGUUAAGUCAGAGGAAACAACGAUGAAUGAGACAACGACCCCGGAUGCUAAAAAGCAAAAGUUGGAAAAAGAAGACACAAGCGAAAAUCCGAUUCCUUCUAAAAAGAAUAAUGUGAAGAAGCAAGAUCAAGGCAAAAUACUUGUCAAUCAGCAGAAGAAUCUUCAAGGAGCAACAGUAAUUCAUAGCAAAUUUAAUUCGAGAGAUCGUUCCACUAACAAGUUUAAAGCUGUUAUCAAUAAUGACAGCCAAACGAAAGAAAAAGCAAAGAAAGAACUAAAAAGGUCGUCCUCAAACCCAUUUCACAAGCCACAUACAUCCAGAGUCAAUAGAACCAAUCUCAGUACGGAUGUUAAAAAUCGCCCAACAGGAAAUAAUAGUUCAGAUGGAAACAAUCCAUUUAAACGGUCGGACAUUAAAACAGAUCCAUUUGAAGCACAGGAAGAUCGCAAGUUCAAAACAAAAGGCAGCGGCAGAAGUAAUAGCAAAUUCAGAUCAAAGCCAAAUACCGUCAAGGGCUCUGUGAAAGGCAAUAAUAGAGGUAACAGCAAAUUCAAAUCAAACCCAAAUGGCGUAACCGAUGAUCGACUUAAGGCUUACGGCAUUAAUCCACGCAAGUUUCACAAUCAGCAAAAGUACGGCAAAAAACAAAAUCAAUAA